AUGCAAGUGGGCCCAGCCCAUGAUUGGUACAUCAUACCGACAUCUCCAGCGACAUCACUCUCACCGCCAAUUCUCAUGCCGUGGGACUCGACUUCACUCCCAAACACCAACGUCCCGUAUUCUCCAUCGACCUCAUCUUCACGUUCACGGCUCACCACGACUCCACCAAACCUUCCCCCUUCACCAUCAAUAACAUCAACAACCUCCGACCUCUACGCAUCCUCGGCGCGCCCGGAACUCCAAUCAGACCCUUCGGCCGAAUCAGGCCGCAAGAUCGCCAGUCCCGUCAUUGGGGGCGCUUUGGGGGUCGCACUCGUAGGUCUCGCGAUUUGGUUUGUCAUUUGGUGGAAGCAGGGGCCGAGAAGGACGCAGAUGCAUGGCUCGGGCCAGAAUAGCCACAACUUAGCUCGGGUUGCAAGUGCGCGGGGAGAGGAAGCUAGAAAGGGGAAAGAGUGA